AUGUGGUAUCGAUCUACCCGAGCAUACCACAGAGAAGCUGCAAAGGUAGUAGCAUCAUUUUUACAGAUAACAGAGCUAAAAUCAGACAGGAACUUCGAGACGUCGAGGCAUCUGUUGGAUCUGGACGUGAGACAGGCUGAUGGCACGGACGAAAACUCAUCAUGGCCAGACACAGAGCCAGACACAGAGCCAGACACAGAGCCAGACACAGAGCCAGACACAGAGCCAGACACAGAGCCAGACACAGAGCCAGACACAGAGCCAGACACAGAGCCAGACACAGAGCCAGACACAGAGCCAGACACAGAGCCAGACACAGAGCCAGACACAGAGCCAGACACAGAGCCAGACACAGAGCCAGACACAGAGCCAGACACAGAGCCAGACACAGAGCCAGACACAGAGCCAGACACAGAGCCAGACACAGAAAAGCUAGACGAGAGGAUUGAAGUAUUAGAAAUGUUAGCUAUUGAGGGUAAACGGGGUGAAGAUGGUGGUGAAACAGGAUGUGAAAUGGAUAGUGAAACGGGCGUAGAAGAAAGUAAAGAAGAGCAUGAA